CGAUGUGACGUCGUGCCUGUUCUCCGAUAAUAAUGUUAUUUACAAAUUUUUAAAUGAUCUCCGUAUUAAAAGUUUGUGUUUCUAGAAAGUUUCUAUAAUUCAUGUGAGGAAAAACAAACAAGUAGAAGAUACUAUGCUGAUUUAGGAUAUCAUAUAAAUACUUGUAGAUCAAGAUGAGUCAGAGGAGAGGCGGGGACGACAGUGGCGGGUGAGGGCGCAUCAGCACGGCUAGCACUGCGACACCCAGCCAGCCGUCGUCAAUGGUGGGCGACCGAGAUGGCGAAGGGCUGGCCGUGCGGUGGGACCAAAUGUCGACGACGACGGAAACAAUGGACAACAGAGGACUUCGAUAUUCUUCUGUACCACAAAUCUCGCCUCCUCCACAACAGUCUUCAAAUCCUUCACAGUUGCCACCACCUUUGCCGUUGCAACUUCAGAGGCCUUAUUCUAGAUCGAUGUCAUCACUUCCUCCGGAGCCCUUCAUGAUAAUGCGCUCCAAAGCACUUAAUCGAAGAGUUGUUAUCAAUGUAGGAGGUGUUAAACAUGAAGUACUUUGGAGAACAUUAGAUCGACUUCCUCAUACUAGACUUGGGCGUCUUAGAGACUGCAAUACUCACGAAGCCCUUAGCGAACUUUGUGACGAUUAUUCCCUAAUCGACAACGAAUAUUUUUUUGACCGACACCCUAAAUCAUUUAGUUCAAUUCUCAAUUUUUAUAGAACGGGUAAGCUUCAUUUAGUGGAUGAGAUGUGUGUGCUCGCAUUUAGUGAUGAUUUAGAGUAUUGGGGUGUCGACGAGUUGUAUUUAGAGUCUUGCUGUCAGCACAAAUAUCACCAACGGAAAGAACACGUUCACGAAGAAAUGCGUAAAGAAGCGGAAUCCUUGCGGCAAAGGGAUGAGGAAGAAUUUGGAGAAGAUAAAUGUUCUCAGUAUCAAAAAUGGCUGUGGGAUAUGCUUGAGAAACCUACGACUUCAAUCGCUGCCAGGGUAAUUGCCAUCGUAUCCAUCUUGUUCAUAGUACUGUCAACAAUUGCACUUACACUCAACACAAUUCCAAGUAUGCAGGUUAAUGAUGAAGGUAACAUCCAAGAUAAUCCUCAACUGGCUAUGGUAGAAGCUGUUUGUAUCACAUGGUUUUCGCUUGAAUAUAUAUUGAGAUUUAGUGCUUCGCCAAAUAAGUGGAAGUUUUUUAAAGGUGGCUUGAAUAUUAUUGACUUGUUAGCCAUAUUGCCUUACUUUGUGUCCUUGUUUCUCCUGGAGACAAAUAAAAAUGCUACAGAUCAAUUCCAAGACGUUAGACGCGUUGUGCAAGUGUUCAGAAUCAUGAGAAUAUUGCGAAUUCUUAAAUUAGCUCGUCAUUCUACCGGACUUCAAUCCCUGGGUUUCACUCUUCGUAACUCUUAUAAGGAAUUAGGUUUACUCAUGCUCUUUCUCGCUAUGGGUGUUCUGAUAUUCUCCAGUCUGGCUUAUUUUGCUGAGAAAGAAGAACCUGGUACCAAAUUCAUAAGCAUCCCAGAAACAUUUUGGUGGGCGGGUAUUACAAUGACCACCGUAGGUUACGGCGAUAUUUACCCCACCACGCCUCUCGGAAAAGUUAUAGGAAGCGUAUGUUGCAUAUGCGGUGUAUUGGUAAUCGCGUUGCCCAUUCCUAUCAUUGUUAAUAAUUUUGCCGAGUUUUAUAAAAAUCAAAUGAGAAGAGAGAAAGCGCUGAAGAGAAGGGAAGCCUUAGAACGAGCUAAACGGGAAGGAAGUAUCGUUUCUUUUCACCAUAUCAACCUAAGGGACGCGUUCGCUAAAAGCAUGGACUUGAUUGACGUAAUCGUAGAUACAGGCCACAAUAUAUCACAUGCAGAUGGAAACAGUACAGAAGGCGAAUCUAUCGGUGGCCGAAACCCAGCACAGACUGGGACUGGAUGUUAUAGAAAUUUUGAUCAUUUUCCGAAUCGACAUCGACGUAGUAACUCUUCCACCUUGCCAUGUCUUCCAACAAACGAAGGUCCCCCCGUGCCUAGUUCUCCUUCUUCUCAACGAAAAUUGCUUGAACUAGGUACUACGGAAGAACUACAAUUUCAACAAAAUUCUCCAUUGGCCCCAUUAGCUACUUUAACCCCACCGGCUCAAGAUGAGACGCAAUUAAUUUCCACUAUUCCGAAAGGAUGUAUUUCACCAUCGGCUGACAGCAAAAAAUCUGAUACCUUGAAGAAGAUCGAAAAACUCGAUGAAUUUCCUAGUGAAUUCGAAUGUUGCUUUUGCACUACCAAGGAGUUUAAGGAAUUCGUUGACGCGGAAAAUUUAAUGCCGCUGGCUACAAGCGAUUUUCGUAAUCCUGUUUGUCUGGAAAUGAAACUAAUGAAGGCAUCAGAACAAACUAUCAACACGUUUGGUUUUCCAGAGAUAGACAUCGAGAAGAAAAAUAAUACCAAUAACGGUGACUUGACCAGCGUGGAUAGUUCGGAUACUUUCGCUAGUUGCACCACACAUCCUUUUAAUUCCUUAGGGGAUUUAACAUCAGACGUAGUUGACACCACUUGCGUGACAGAUAGUAAUCUUUAUGUAAAUCCACUACAUAAGAGCGGGGACAACAGUCCUGUAACAACUUCUGCCUCAGAAAGGACUAACAUUGUGAAAAAAUCAGCAUCCGGAGAUACUGCAUUGAGAAGUUUAGCAACAUCACCGAUGGAUGAAGUAUUUAAGGAAUUUGAUAUAAUUGACCGGGGAAGCAGAGUUAGUUUAAAUGAUUCUCCUCUGCCAAAACAUCGAAAAACAAGAUUUCAGGGAAAUCGACCUAGAACGAGAUUUGGAGAUGCUUUUGAACGCGAUUCUCAAGAAAGUUUAGAAAAAAAGAAAAAGUCAUCUUUUAUUCCUAGUAGAAGCUUAGCAUCUGCUACACGUAUCAUAAACCAGCACCUUUUUGGAAUACAAAAUUUAAGUGGAGCGAAGUCAGGAAAGAAUAGUGGAAGCAAAUCAUCCUUGUCUGCUGAUUCGAUAGACAGCCGCACGAGUCCACAGUUAGAGCUGCAUCGACGUUCCAAAUCAAUUCUGAAAAAAUCCGAUAGUAGUGGAAAUAAAAACGCAGAUCCAGAAAGCGAAAGGCUUAUUUCGGAUAAUAUGUCAGGAUUCGAGAUCGGCUUCGAAUGCGAUUAUUCCCCAAAUAAACGAUUUUCGUCUCCUCUCUUGAAGCAACGCACGUUAAGUCAGAAAACGCUUUCAAAACAAUUCCCUGCGUACCAACAGGAACUCGAAAGAAGUAAAACAUUGAAAUCUCAACUAUUUUUACUAGACGACAUCAUAUGUAAAGAAAAGCAAACCUGCAAAGAGUCAGUAAUAGACUCUAAUAAGUUGCAGUGCAGUGAUAACAUUAGUGAAGUGCCCCUUUAUAUAUGCCCUCCACCGCCUCCUAUGGAUAAUUCUCCGACUGAAGAGACUCGUUUAUUAUUCCAUUCUACAGUCAUUAAGCCACAAUCAAGUAAUUCGAUAUCUAGAGGGCGUAACUCAUCUUCGUAGCAUUUAAAGAAAACUGGAGCUUCAAAUAUUUGUAAAGAAACUACAAUAAAGUGGAAGAGUUACAGCGUAAAGAUGGACCUUUACAAAGAAAAUAUGGGAGAAAAAUUUCAAUAUUUUAUUACUAUUAAAUAUUAAUGACUACUUAUCUACAUAUAAAACUGUAGCAGUCGAAGAUGAAGUUAGGCAAUAUUAAAAAAUUUGUACAUUGUUAUAUUUGCAUUAGUAUUUAUAAUUUUAAGGCAUUGUUAACGAAGUAAGUCGAAUUACGGCAAUGUUUAGUGCUAAUCUGUAAUUAAAAUUUUCAGAUGAUCAAGUGAUAGAUGAGGUGUUCUUAAGGAUUUUUAUUUAUUGCAAUUUUAAGAGAACCUAUAUUUGACAUAUUGUGAGUGAAUAUAAGCUAAUAAAAUUGUAAACAUUGUUAAUUAAAUUGAAGUUGAAUUUUUAUGCAAUGAUUGAAAGGUUGUGUUAAUAAAAAUAAAUUACUAAUAAAUAUUAGUCAAUGAAUUCAGCAAUACAAUAUUGUUAUUUGGUAAUUUACAUAUUA